AUGUCAUCACCCACCUCGAGUCGCCACGAUGCUCAACCACAAUCGCGCUUCACCUUUCGUGACCUGAGACUACUGGGCCAGUCUUCUGUCAACUCGCCGCUUCGUGUGAUCACUCUGAUCGAUUUCGACUGCUUCUACGCUCAAUGCGAGAGUGUACGCCUGGGGCUGUCGCCAGAUCAGCCACUGGGCGUGCAGCAAUUCAAGCAUGUUAUAGCGAUGAACUAUGCUGGCCGAGCGGCCGGCUUGAAGAAAGUCGUCAACGCUGAGGAAGCAAAGUUGAAGUGCCCGAGUAUUGUCCUUCAACAUGUGCCGACAUGGCGAGAGGGCGAUACGACGUGGCGAUACAGAGAUGAUGCGCUCGAGCAUAUGGACAUCGACAAGUCUUCGCUGGACUACUAUCGCCUGCAGUCGAAGAAGGCUAUGGCUGUGUUGAAGCAGACACUGCCUGGAGACCGUCAACUUAUCGAGAAAGCUGGCAUCGAUGAGACUUAUGUCGAUCUGUCAGGCCCCGUCCAUCAAGAACUACUGAAGCGAUUUCCUGAGUUUGUCACAGAGCCACCUUCUCUGGAUGCGCACCUUCCACUGCCCAUCGAUCCGCUCCUCGACUGGAGCGAUACCGCUGUGGAAGAGGACACGAGCGAUGAAGCACGACAGCAUGUCGAUUGGGAUGACAUUGCAUUACAUAUUGGCUGUGAGCUUGUCAAAUCAAUUCGUUCCGCCGUACAAUGUGAGUUGCAAUACACGUGCUCGGCUGGAAUAGCACGCAAUAAAGUGGUGGCGAAGCUUGCAGCUGGUCACAACAAGCCGAAUCGUCAGACUGUCGUUAGAACCUGUGGCAUAGAGCCUUUCCUCCAACAGUACAAAUUCACCAAGAUUCGUGGCCUUGGAGCAAAGCUAGGACGACAAGUCAGCAAGGCCUUCGAGACAGAACUCGUGUCUGACCUGCUGAAUGUCCCGCGCGCGACUCUGGCUUCCAAGAUCGGUAGCUCCUCCGCCGCUUGGGUUUACAAUGUCAUACGCGGCAUCGAGUACUCUGAGGUCACAGACCGCACACAGCUGAAGUCUGUGCUUUCAGCAAAGACAUUCAUGGUCAGCCUACAAGAUAUCUCACAGGCCGAGAAGUGGCUCUACAUCUUCGCGGCAGACAUCAUGGGUCGCUUGGAAGACCUUGGCGGAGAUCGAAGACCAAAGACAGUGGCUGUACAUUUGCAGGUGAAUGGUCCGCGUGCUCCGACACGUUCCAAGCAGGGGCCAAUCCCGUUAGGUGCAAAGCUGGAUACAGAUCUCUUGUUGAAGCUAUCUCGAGACUUACUUUUGGCGUUGGAGAAGGAAGGCGCGACUUGGCCGCUGGUCACGCUUUCCGUGUCUGUCAAUGAUUUGGUGGAUGUUGAAAGGGGAAGCCGCGCAGUUGAUUCGCUGUUUGCUGCAGCAGGCAAGACAUCGCCACUGCCGUCGUCGCGAAACAGCAAUGGGUGGAGUUCAAAUGCAAAAGUGGUGGACACCAAAGUGGUGGAAACUGUCAAAGAUACGAGAGCAAAUCCGAAGAAACGGACACUUUUCGACCUGGGCUUUGCACAGCAGGGAUCGAGAAACGAGCACAUGUCAAAGAAAGUCCGUGCCAUUGAUAACCUGACAGCGAAGGACGAAGCUAAAGGCGAUAUCAACGGGUCUGGUUCACCAUUGCAUGAAGAUGCACCAGAUGUGGAAGACGGCGAGGGUGCAUACGACUGUCCGACAUGUGCUCGACCCGUUCCAGCGUCGGAUGUGCUCGAGCAUCUCGAUUGGCAUGCUGCAGUAGAGCUGUCUGAAAACGGUUGA